AUGACUAAUUUCACACUGCCUGAAGAUACAUCAAAUUAUCAUUCAACAAGUGAUUCUCAAUCAGUAAGUCCAUUAACUCCACAAUCUAUGUGUCAUUCAUUAUCUGAAACAAUAUUGUCGAACAGGGCUUUAACUAGUUCACCGAUACAUGAAAAACGUAAAGUUAAUGAUGAUAACAAUAACGAUAACAAUAAGAAUGAUCCUGAUAUAAAUCAUUUUGAUGAUAUCAAGGAACACUUUGAAAAUAAUGCCACUAAACGACGAUGUCUUGAACGAAGCAGUGACAAAAGUAUUGCUGGUGAAGAUGAUAGUGAUGAAGUAGAGGAAAGUAGCCAAGAAGAAGAAGAAGAAGAGGAGCCAGCAGAAAAUGAAGAAGAGUGUAAAAGUCAGGAAGAGAAAGAGUACAAUGAAAAUGAUAAUGAUCUCCAAUCGAAGUCAAGUAAAACAAAGGGUAAUUCUGAAUCAGAUAAACCUCCAUUCAGUUACAAUGCGUUAAUUAUGAUGGCUAUUAGAAGUAGCUCAGAGAAACGUUUAACACUAAAUGGUAUUUAUGAUUUUAUUACAACCAACUUCCCAUAUUAUAAAAAUAAUAAACAAGGUUGGCAAAAUUCUAUCAGGCAUAAUUUAUCGCUGAAUAAAUGUUUUGUUAAAGUUCCACGUGCUUAUGAUGAUCCUGGUAAAGGUAAUUAUUGGAUGCUUGAUCCAUCAUGUGAAGAUGUAUAUAUCGGUGGGACGACGGGAAAGUUGAGACGUCGAACAAAUUCAUUACAACGUAGUCGGCUGUUUAAUUUACGUUUAGCUAGUUAUUAUGCAUCAUUAGCUAGAACUUAUGCAAUGCCACCCAAUGGUGAACAGUUUCCAUCAAAUCCUUUCUUAAUGUUCCCUCAUCAUCCUCAUCACCCUAUGAUGACUGAUAAAUCUCAGUUUAUUCCAAGCAGCAAUAGUAACGGUAGUAUAAAUUCAUUUCAUCCCCCAACAAAUUAUGUACCAUCAUUUUUGGAUGCUUUUAAUCGUAUCCCCAAUGAACAAGGAUCACCUUUUCCAAAUCCUUUUAUUCAUUCUACUUAUGAAAAUUUACCUUUCCAUAAGACAUGUCUACCAAAUAACUGUGAACCAGCCUCAGAUGAAUUAAAUAUGCAUCAAUCAAAUGUACACAAAUAUAAUCCUCUAUUAAGUCAUUUGUCUCAACCACCAUCUUCAUCGUCAACAUCUUCACUAUCACCGCCAUCAUUCUAUCCUACCUCACAUGGAGUACUUCAUCAGUUUAAUUCCUAUCCUAAUACACUAUUUAAUCAUGAAUGUGAAGAAGAUAAAUUCCCAGAAAAACAAUGGCUUUCAGGAAAUCUCAGAUUAGAUUGUCCAGAUUCUACAAUAUGGAAUCAAUCAAAACUACACAACAGUUGUUUACCAAUCAGUAAACAGUCAACAUAUACAUCUUCAACAAAGAAAACUUCACUCUCAGAUCCAAUUUUAAAGAUGAUGAUGACAACUGGUCUGGAACAGCAAAAAGUACAUGAAAAUUCUGAACAAAAACUUCAUGAAUCUAUGGAUUUAUUAUUAGGUAUGUAUGGAUCACUUUUUAACACGCAUAAUAGUAUAAUAAGUCGUACAAAUAAUUCCAAUCAUAGUAAGAAUAACAAAGAUAUUGAUUUGAAUUAUAACUUACCUUUAAGUGCAAGGAAAGUGUGA